AUGGCGAAGCACGACAAUAUUGUCCGGAAAACGAAAGAUGAAGAAGACUCAGAAGCAGAAACUAGCAGUAGUGGAAUUGACAGGGUCGCCGAGCUGACACUUCAAGGCGCAUCUUUCAUCUUCUUCGCCGCCUUCGCCUCGAUCUACUUCCAGAUUCCAGGUCUUUACGGCCCGAAUGGCCUUUUGCCCGUCGACGAGUUAAUUCCUCAAAAGGCGGAGCUUGAUCCGCGCGCCUUUUGGGAAGACCCUAACCUUUUCAUCUUUUCAAACCGUUUUGGAUUCACAGUCACGGAAUUUAUGGAAGUCCUUUCGCUCCUCGGCAUGGUCAUUUCCGGCACAAUGUCGUUUCUCAAAAGCGCUAGAAAUGCUUCCGGCUUCAUUCUCCUCUAUGUCUUCUACUUGUCAAUCUACCGAGUGGGGCAGACAUUCAUGCACUUCCAAUGGGACAUUAUGCUGCUGGAAUUCGGAGUUCUUUGCGUUCUCCUUUCGAUUUCGCCAAAACAAGGGAUUUUUCUGUGCAGAUGGCUUUUGCUACGACUCCUGUUUCAUUCGGGAUAUAAGAAAUUGGAAAGCGGCUGCCCAACCUGGUGGGGACUUACUGCCCUCGACUGGCAUUUUGAAUCCCAGUGUAUACCAACACCCCUGGCUUAUUACGCUCAUCACCUGCCGAAAAUCUUCCUGAAACUCUCCGUCCUACUCACCUACAUCUCUCAAAUGGGAAUCGUCCUCCUUGUUCUAUCUCCCUCCCGCCGACUUCGAAUUUUCAGCGGCUGGGUUCACAUCUUGCAUCAGAUCGGAAUUCUAGCGACUGGAAAUUACAACUUCUUCAAUUUGCUCACGAUUCUUUUGGGCUUUACUUGCUUUGAUGAUAAACACUUGGGAAGAGGAAAGCAGAAGAAAGAAGGAAGUGGAAAAUGCUCUAGAAUUUUUGCCGCGCUUUUCGAAAUCGCUCAACUUUCAGCCCUGGCGUACGGAAUCUCCAAAUGCAUUUUCAUCGACUCCGAUGGGGACAUGGGACUUCUAGAGACCGCCGAAGAUCAAUCAAAGCUCAAGGCCGUCAGAGACCUCGUUCUCCUCCCCUCCACUCUUGUUGGAUUUCUCUUGCUUGUUUUCUCUAUCAAAUUGACGCGAAAAGACCUGCUCGCCCUGCCCUUCAGCUUGCUGAUUUUCACCGCUUCGUUGAAACACUUCUACGACAUCGACCGAGAUCUGCAGCAAAAACUCAAUGAUCAACUCAAGCCCUUCCCACAAAUUGCCGAUUUGGAUGAGCGAUUUGAGCUGACACAUUCCUACGGGCUUUUCCGAAGAAUGACUGGCGUUGGUGGAAGACCAGAAGUAGUUGUCGAAGUCGAAGUGGAUAAUGAUUACUUUGAGCUGGAAUUUCCUUACAAACCGACGAGCUUGGAGAGAUCUUGUCCAUGGUGUUUCCCGCAUCAACCCCGUUUGGACUGGCAAAUGUGGUUCGCUGCUCUUGCUCCUCGAAUCGAAUACGAUCCCUGGUUGAUCACUCUUGCUAUCCGACUGCUUCAGGACUCGACAGAUGUUCAAGAUCUUUUCCACAACUAUGGCAGAAGAGUUGAUUACAAAAAAUUCAUUCAUUUGCGAAAAGUCACUGCAGUGAGAAUGUUCAAGUACAAGUACCACUACACCGAUCCCGAAAAGAGCAAGAAUAUCUGGAAAAGAAGCGAGAAAACGGUUCAUUUGGGACGAAUUACAUUGAAAAAUGAAGGGCUCUUGGGAUUCAUCGAAAAGCAAAAUCUGCAUAUCAAAAACUACCGAAUUGACCCAACUCUUCAUGGAAUCAGAAGUUAUAUGAAACGAUUUGCUCCGGAAAAAUUCAUUUGGACUUGUUUUGCUACUUUUCUCUGCCUCUGCUACUGGAUUUAA